CAGAUGUCGGCCCAAUCACAGGCAUCCACGUGGGGUCGAGUCCCCCACGAUAGAAGCCACCGACUCGAUUGUCCUACGGCAAGAAUCGACGUUGCAAAUGCUAAAAAUAUUCAGGGGAAUCAUCUGAAUUUCGUUCCCCGGAAGCUGUUCGGAUUCAUGCGGUCGGAACCCCAGAAUCGAAUCUGUCUGCUCCGUUCCCGUUUGAUGUCUCGAGAGAUCAGCCGGUCUUGAUUCCCGAUCGAUUGCUGAAGAGCUCGUCGCUUCGUGUGGCUUUCGAGAUGCAGCGUUUCGUCGAUGACGUCCUCGCCGUAUCCAAAGAGUCGGUUAAGACUAUCACCUAUGAAUCCUUGAACAACAUCGUGAGGUUCGUGAAUGGAGUGUCAGCACUUCUGUUGACCUUCUUACCUGGAAAUGCUACCAUCCUUGAAGGUAUGAACGGAUGGGAGCUCAGGCCAACUUUCAGUGGACCUCGAUUGCCCCGGUGGAUGGAACAUGGUGUGUCCUCUUUCAAUCAGUUCGUCCACAACCUCUCGGUUGAUUCGGAUGCUUCUUCAAGCUUAGACUACUCUUCUGGGGAAGAAGAUGUAAAUGAAAAUUCGUGUCCUUCGCCAUUAUCCCAAAGCUCCCGAUUCUCCAGGGCAAGCUCCUUCUCCAGACGUGAAAGACAUGGAAUGGGUUGGAUGAACAGCAUAUUUUCUCUCAUUUUGGUCCCCGUCAAGUUGUUGCUGGCAAUACUAGCUCGUCUACUCUUCUUCCCCUUCUAUAGGAAAGUGAGGGCAUCCCCAUCUGAAAGACAGAAGCCUUCCAGUUUAACUUCCUUAAAGAGGGUUCAAACUCUUAAGGAUCAUGUUUUUCAGCGCACUACUGAUCGGAGACGUGGAGUAAUUGAGGAUCUUCAUCUAGCAAUAGAGAUCUUCAUAGAAGCUAUAUUUGAUAUAGUUCACAAGGCUGCGCAUUGCUUGCUUUCGCCAGCUGAAGUUGGUAAAAAGCUAUAUGGAUGGAUUUUCUCGCACAAUAUGGUCAAUCAUAAUAACCACGUAGUUUCCGAAUCCUCGGUGACCACUGCAACACUGGGAGAGAAUGAUCCUGCUCUGUCAGAAAGUAAAACUUCUUUUCAUCAUUCUCUUAAUACAGAUGCUCGGACAUGUCAGGAUGUGAUAACUGAGCUUGGGUAUCCAUAUGAAGCAAUCAAUGUCAUCACAACCGAUGGCUACAUUCUCCUUUUGGAGAGAAUACCUCGACGUGAUGCAAGAAAGGCUGUUUACUUACAGCAUGGCAUUCUGGAUUCAUCAAUGGGUUGGGUUUCGAAUGGGGUGGUGGGUUCUCCAGCUUUUGCAGCAUAUGAUCAAGGGUUUGAUGUUUUCCUUGGGAAUUUUCGUGGACUGGUAUCUAGGGAACACGUGAACAAGAGCAUCUCCUAUCGAGAGUAUUGGCAGUACUCCAUUAAUGAGCAUGGGACUCAGGAUAUUCCUGCAAUGAUAAACAAGAUUCAUGAGGUUAAAACAUCGGAGUUGAAGCUUAGCCAACCUGAUGGUGAGGAAGAAACGAACGAAGAUCAGCCAUAUAAACUUUGUGCUAUCUGUCAUAGCUUGGGAGGAGCUGCUAUGCUGAUGUACCUUAUUACCAAUCGAGUUCAAGAAGAGCCCCAUAGGCUCUCAAGAUUGAUUUUACUGUCCCCUGCUGGCUUUCACGGCGACUCUAACUUAGCAUUUACUCUAGUGGAGCAUUUAUUGCUCGUAUUAGGUCCUCUAUUGGCCCCUUUCGUGCCUGCAUUCUACAUACCAACCAGAUUCUUCCGAUUGUUGCUGAAUAAGUUGGCGCGGGACUUCAUUAACUACCCUGCUGUCGGAGGGCUUGUUCAAACACUAAUGAGUUAUGUCGUUGGUGGGGAUAGCUCAAACUGGGUUGGGGUGUUGGGGAUACCACAUUACAACAUGAAUGAUAUGCCCGGCGUGUCAUUUCGCGUAGCUCUCCACCUGGCACAAAUGAAGCGGAGUGGGAAGUUCAAGAUGUACGAUUAUGGUAGUGCGUCUGCCAACGAGGAGGCCUACAGAUCUUCAGAGCCAUUGGAUUUGGGCGAACACUAUCGGCUUAUCGACAUUCCUGUUGAUCUGGUUGCUGGAAGGAAGGACAAGGUAAUUCGGCCAUCCAUGGUGAGGAAGCACUACAGCAAAAUGAAGGAAUCCGGAGUGGACGUGUCGUACAGCGAAUUUGAGUAUGCUCACUUGGACUUCACUUUCUCGCACCGUGAAGAGGUGUUGGCAUACGUACUGUCACGCUUGCUACUCGUGCUGCCUGGGCAAAAGCAUCAACUGAGCCAAAAGGCCAUGAAGUUGAAGAGGAAAGGAAAGGUCCGUUCCUACUGGUGGAGAAAAACCUGAGCC